AAAGCAUCAUUUUUUUUUGGUUGAACUUCCUCCACCUUAAAACGACGAAGAAAAAGAAAAAAGCUGGAGAAAUACAAAAUUAGUUAUCAAUCAGUAAGAACCAAUCUAAUCAGAUCAAAGAUGAAUGACGAUUUGAUCAAGAGUGCUGUUGCAUUCCUUAAUGAUCAUAAUGUUUCUUCUUCUCCCUUAACUAAAAAAAUCGAGUUUUUAGAAUCAAAAGGGCUUAAUCAAACUGAAAUUGAAGAAGCUUUAAAAAGAGUUAAUGAAGCUUCUGAUUCUAGUGUUGCCAGUUCAAAUAGUACUUCUACUAUUCAUAAUCAAUCAAAUAAUAAUACAUCCUAUCCAUCGCAACCACCAAUAGAUUACUAUAACACUGCGCCACCACUUCCAGAAAGAUCAUGGAAGGAUUAUUUCAUUAUGGCCACUGCUACUGCUGGGGUUAGUUAUGGAUUAUAUCAAGUUAUAAAUAAAUAUUUGAUUCCAGCUAUUAUACCUCCUAGUCAAGAGACUAUUGAAUCCGAUAUAGAAUAUAUUGGGCAUGAGUUUGAAAAGAUUGAUAAGGUUUUAGAACAAUUAACUAAGGAUCAAGAACAAAUUAAAACUGAUAAUGAAGCUAAAUUAAAGGAUAUUGAUACUGUGAUUGAUAAUGUAAAUGAUUUCUUAACUAAAUAUAAUAAAGAUAAAUUGAAAUUUGAUGAUGAUUUAAAACUAAUGAAAUUAGAAGUGGAUAAUUUAAAUAAUAGUGUGGAAAAGAAUAUGAAGCUUAAUAAGGAGAAUAUUCAAGAUGAAUUAUCAGAUAUUAAUGAAGAAUUACAAUCAUUGAAGGAAUUAAUUAAAUCAAGAUCAGCUGUUUCAAAUGGUGCCAGUAAUGGUACUGCAGUUGAAAGAAAAUUAGUAUCAGCUUCAUCAAUUCCAUCUGCUUCUGAAAUAUUAAAGAGAGCUAAAGAAAAGGCAAAUAGUCCUAAAGUUGAAUCAUCCACUCCAGUUACUGCCGCCACUACCAGUCCAACCAUUCCAUCGGUUGCUCCAGUAUCAGCUCCAGUUCCAGCUGUAACACCACCUCCAGUUCCAGCAGCAUCUUAUCAAUCCCCAGUAAAUAACACUAGAUCAGGAGGUGUCACUUAUGGUGGAGUAUCAGCUGCCGGUAUUCCAGCUUGGCAAUUACAACAUAAAGCCGCAGAAGAACAAGAAGAACAACCACCAUCAUCAUCAUCAACUUCUAUUAAAGAUGAAGAACCAAUUGUGGCACCAACUGAAGAACAAAUUCAACAAAAGAUUGCAAAUGUUGGUAUCCCUGCUUGGCAAUUAAGUUCAAACCCUACCCCAACUGAAGGAUCUUCUGCUACUGCUGCUGUAUCUGGUAUUCCAGCUUGGCAAUUGAAUAAUGCCCAACAAUCCUAGUUCCAUUAGUACUACUUCUAUACAUAUGUCUAACUUUGAAAUGAUAACAUACGCUUUCUAAUAAUAAUACGAUUGAACCCUUUAUAUUAAAUUUUAAUGUAAGCCUUAACCUCAUACGAACGGCGCGGCGCGUUUUCCAAAACUGGAAAUUUUUUUUGUCUUAUUCUUUUCUGGUCGUUCGUCCACUGAAAAAUAAAAAUAAAAUAAAAAUAAAAAUAAUAAAAAAAAAAAAGAUCAAAUUGGAUUUAUCAACAAAGCAAUAGGUUAGAAUAAUCAAAUAGGUUCUUACCAGUAUUUAUAUUUAGUUAUAAGUAUCAAGUGAGUUCAGAGCAUAGGUCGACGUGUCAGUGGUUGUGUUUGUUUUGGGUC